AUGUCUGCUGCAACAGCAUCUGCUUCAAGCGAACAACAACCUGCUGGUUUAAGUAUGGCUCAAGUCGAACAAGUUCGCACUCAAUUACAAUCGGAUAUUGAAAUGUUACAAUCGUCUAUUCAACGUCUCCAAUAUGCACAAGAAGGUUUCGGCGAAUCGAUGUUAGCUGUAUCACGUUUACCGACAAAUAAUCAAGAUAAUUCGUUACUUGUGCCACUAUCGUCGUCGAUGUAUGUUCCUGGUCGAUUAUCUGAUCCGGAUCACGUUUUGGUUGACAUCGGCACAGGAUUCUUUGUGCAAAUGCGACCAAAAAAGGCACAGGAUUAUUUCAAACGUAAACACGAUUAUCUUCAAGUUGAAAUCGAUAAAUUACAGAAAGUUCUAUACGAUAAAUUAUUAACAAGACAACAGAUUACUGGCAUCAUCCAAAUGCAUCUUCAACAACAGCAGCAACAACAACAAAAAUAA